UGCGGGUUGCAGUCAGGGAUACUUGGGCCUCGUGUAGUACACGCCGCGGUCAAAAACACGGUGCGCUCCGUGCUCCCAACUGCGCAUGCGUAAACAGUACCUGGUUGGUAUGGAGCAUUAUCCACGGCGGCGGGUGGUGACUGCAUCGGUUAGCACUACGGCGUCGAGGUGUUAAAUGGCAAACAUACGUAUAUGCUGCUACUGGGCUUUCUGCACUACAAGCUAGCGGUUGUCAACGUACAAUCAUGGCUGCCUAUGCGUCUGCUGGGAAAGGGAAUCACAAAGCCAGCGCUUCCAGAGGAAGUGCGAAAUCAAACGAAGAGUCUCCUUCGCAGUCCCGGGAGAUAAUAACGCCGUCCAUCGUGGAGCUGACCAAAGAAGUGAGGACUAACAUACUCUGCACUGUGGAAAGCUGUGGGAAAAUCCUCCCCAACACACCUGCGUUGAACAUGCAUCUGGUGAAAUCCCACAGAGUGAAGGAAGGCCUCGUCAACCCUACCAUUAGGAAAGAGCUGACUGCGUCCAAGAAGCUUUACAGCUGUCCUAUUGAGGGCUGCCCCAGAGGCCCUAACAGGCCCUUCUCCCAGUUUUCACUCGUCAAACAACACUUUAUGAAAAUGCAUGCAGAGAAGAAGCACAAAUGUUCCAAAUGCAACAAUGGCUACAGUACGGAGUGGGACCUGAGGAGACACACGGAGGACUGUGGGAAGACCUACCGGUGCACCUGCGGAUGCCCGUAUGCAAGUAGGGCUGCACUGUUGUCUCACAUCUACCGGACGGGACAUGAGCUCCCCACAGAACACAGGAUUCCCCCAGUGAAGAAACGUAAGAUGGAGAAAUUGAUAAGCAGUUCUGUUAAGGUGCGGCAAAACGAGUCAACCUGUCAAAAUCUAAGUGCCAACAAGGAACUAUCAGUGGGGUUUUCUGCGGAAACAAAUAGUCAUGCACCAGACACGCCCAAUCCAACCUCAUACCUCCAGAGAAGCCACAAAAAAAUGCUCCUGCCCAAGCCCAAGAUGGCCCUGGUCAAUUUCCCUGUGAUGCAGCUGACUCACCUCCCUGUCCUAGUACCAUCCACAGAGAGUGGUGCUCUGAGGUCCGUCGUGCUUACGAUGGACUGCAAGGGCUCCCUCAGCGCUCUUCAGCUGCUGCCACAAGCAAUGGGGGCUAUGGUGCCCCACCUGGACUCCAAAGCCCUGGGCUUCAAGGAGAGCUUCCUUUCUUCGCGUUCUAGCCUUGGGCCCAUCAGCACUGGGGUGCAGGUGAGUCUAGAGCCUUUGUACUCACAGGAUCCAGCCAGUGGCCUUGGAGGUCUUCAUGGCAGAAGCACAUCCACAAACAUUCAGACGGACAUAUCAUGCCUAUCUAGGAUGCCCUUAGGGGCAGGAGUCGGUGUAGGUAUGGGAGUGUGUGCGGUUGGUGAUCCACCCGUGUCUUCUUGUGCCCAGACAGACAUAAGUGUCAGUGCCGAGGUGCUUCUGCCCGUCAGUGUGGAAACUCAGACGUUCCCCUCCACCAAAGCUAAAUCCACUAUUGCCGCUCAGACAGACGGUCUCUGCCUCAGCCAAAUACCCUGCUCUGGCCUGUUGGUUUCUGCCCCAACCUCCAGGCAGACCCAGACAGGCUGCCCGAGUGCUGUGUCGCAGUCCAGGGACAGGGUUCAGGUCGACCAGGCGGUGAUGUGUUCGGACCUGUUUGCUAGUGACUUUCUGAGCGUCUCCACACAGACUUCUCUAGCCUUGGAACAAUCUGCGGCCGCAGGAGUGGGCAGUCUCUAUGAGGACGUGAAGUCGGCAGGGCCUAUGUGUUUCGGUGUCCAGACCGACGACCUCAACUCCAAUAGUAUGUCGGACAACCAGACCCAGACCAUGACCUUCCUCCACGACCUGGAGAACAUGUUGUCUGACUCGAUGUCGGGCCACCAGGUGCUGGAGGAUAACACUGCAGGCUGUGGGCCAGGCCUGGACUCUGUUCAAGACCAGCACACGGGUAUCGACUUUGACUUUGAAGAGUUCCUUAAUACCGUGCACAUCCAGACCCAAACGGAGGAGAGUGAGCUCAGAGGGCUGGGCAGUGACACACCGCUGGAGUCUCUGGACAUUCAGACCCAGACUGACUUCCUCUUGCUGGAAGAACUGGAACAAAGCACUGGGCACAGUCGAACGCAGGCCACUGACCUCGAACUGGAAAUGUUUGACACGCACACGCAAACUGACCUCAACUUCCUGCUGAGUGCCGGCAACCGCAUGCCGCUUGGCAGCAUCCUGGGACACUCCAGCUUCUCCAUGAGCACAGAGUCGUCUGACACGGAGACCCAGACGGACGUCCCCCCUCCGCCUCUAGGCCUUUCGCCCCAGCUCCCCGUCCCUCACACGGAGCAGGGCCGGUUGCUGAGCAGCACAGAGACCCAGACCAGCACCUGCCAGGUGGACGGCCUCUCGCACCUCUUUCUGACCAGCAACGAAACCCAAACGGUCAUGGAUGACUUCCUGUCGGCGGACCUGGCCUGGAAUAUGGAGUCCCACUUCAGUUCCGUGGAGACCCAGACGUGCGAGAGUCUGUGGGCCCUCUUACGGCACCCGGACAAACCCAACAGUUGAAGGCCUCUCUGUGCUACUGCUACCCACGAUGAAUGUGUCUGCUCUCAAUUGUCGUCCUGGAUAACACGUGGUGUCCUGGUAAGCUUGGAGCAUCUGGAAGGCCUAUGAACAUUCCAUGAAGGGAGACGUGCCCUUGCGUAUUUCCUGUCAUACACCCAGAUAGCUAAGAUGCACUUUAUUAUCUCACUGGGCAUGAUUUAUUGACUCCUGCCCGUUUACAUAUUUAUUUGCACAUAGGAUAACCUUGUAUGCGAGUCCUGUCUAGAAAACAUGUUUACUUCUAUCGUUUAAAUGUAUAUUUUGAUUUGUAUUAUAGCACUAGUGGAUGCUGUCUUUGUCUGUAUUAGCAGUUUAAUAAUUGUAACACUAUUGUGCAUUAAAUCGAGUCACCAUCUUAACAAAUACCAAAUGAUGGUUCCCCCCCUGCCCACACUCUCCCAAAUCUUUUUGUGAAAGAUGUGUAUAUACAGUUCAUCAUGUAAUCCGUUUGACACUGGCCUCAUUAUUAUCCAUUAUUGGUGGCAAGAUAUGCAUGUCCUUCAGGUAUGUUGUACCUUGGGGCAUUAUCACUGUGAAAACCAUCCUGAAUUAGUUUCCUAACAAAGAAAUAAAUAAAUCUUCAAUCUCAAGUAUGUAAGGAAUUCACCAGAGCCAUGAAAGUACUCAGUAACCCAAAUCCGUUAAUUAGACGUGGCACAAAUUAUUUAAAUGCUAAGCUCAGUUCUUCGAUACAUUGUAAUGAUGCAUUGUAGUUUAAUGCAAGUACUUAGGUUGUUGUGGUCUUAUGAUCCAUAUUUCUGUAGGUCACCGGCUAGACAACCCCCUUGAGGAUAGUUCCAAGACAAGGGUGUCGUCCACCUUGACUUAUUCAUUAGCUGACUAGGUGUAUACAAUAGCAGCAGUUUGUGCUGAAGUUUUAGGCGGUGUUGUGCUGCACUAAAACACUGAGGCUUAGAGUACAGUUCAGCUACUCUCCCUCCAGUCAGAGACGUUGUUGUUUUUGCAAACCAUAUUAAAUUUCCUCCAUCUUUAAUUACUGAAUUCCGUCUUUGUCCAAUGGGACUCAUGCAUCGUGCAUUGAUUUUUAUUUGUAUAUUUUUUUCGAUGCAAGAUACUGUACAACCUGUUGGUUCCUUUCGUGUGUUUGUCAGUUACCUCAUUUGCACGGACACCUUUUUUUGAGUUAUAGGGGAACAGUUGGAUAUACAGCAAGCCUUGAGUAUUUCUUAAUUUUAUUUCUGUGCCUUAAUCAGAGUAUUUUAUUUUUAUUUUGUUCCAGAUAUACUUUUUGUCUUUGGAGAUGUCACCUAAAAGAAACAAAGGAAUGUAUGUGGCAUUAUGCCCAAAUCUUAACUUGCUUUAUUUUGUAAUGUAUUGAACCCAAGGUUAAGUGCAGUAUUUUGACCUUACUUCAAAUCAUUUAUUGUUCUGUGUAUACUGUUUCUAAAAGGUUAAUGGAUGUAAAUGAAGCAAAGAAGAAAAGCUUGAAGAUGUUGAAUUGUCAUAGUUCGCAGUGGUUAAUACAGUGUUUUAUUUUCCAUAAAAUUCAUCGCAUGAAGAAUUUAUAUAUUCUUCCAAUACAAAUGAUUAUUUUCAUUUUAUUGGUGGCCUUCGGUGUUUGCCUAAAUGUUUAGAGUUCCAGAUUGCAUUGUUGGUUUCUUUGUCCAAGCUGUACUGCUGAUGAUCUCAAUAAACUAAGGGAACAGUGUAUUACAUUACAUUACUCAUUCAAAAAAGUUUAGCCUUGCAGCAUCACAUUUACGUUUUAAGAUCCAUUUUUAAGUAAGUUUCAGUUACAAACCUGAUACCUUUUAAAAUGUUUCUAAUUGAGCUACAGCAAUAAGAUAUCUGUAUAACUUGGCUUCCAUAUAUGCUCACAAUGUAGUUUCAUGGUUUCCGAUGUUUAUUUGGAUAAAAAAAAGGAGGUUUGACUAAGUUAAGACCAUCAUGUGUAUAACAUUAUAGCCACAGCCUCCAACACAAAUUAAGGUUGUUGGCUUUGAGGCAGCAGCCAUCGUUGCCGGACAACUAGAACAUACAUUUGAUGGAAUUAUUUAGGAACCAUAUUAAAGACACAUCUAUCCACAUGGGUUUGAACACCAAAAAAAACCUGGGAUAGUGUAACACUAUGACACACCUGCCAUGAGUUUAUUAAUAACAUAUUUUUAUAACUUUUAAGACACAAAUAAGAUGAAAUCUGCUGUGAUUCUGUCAUGAAGUUAAAUAUUAAUACAUCAAUCAUUAUCGUGACUUACCAAAUAAGAAAAUCAUAGAUCCUCUUUGCUACUUUUAUUUGCACAUGCAUAGUGAGGGGAGUGUGUAUUCAAAGCGGUCUUUGGCUGGAAACCACUAUUGGGACCUUGGUCCCAAAAAGAACAGGCAGCUGUGGAGUGGGGGAUCUUUCGUGCCGGCUGUACUCACUGCCAGUCCGCACGGCCUGCCUCAAAUGCUGGCCUAAGGAGACUGUAGUCCGGUGCAUGGUGUCAGUUAUUUUGCCCAGAGGCACACUGUACCUCUUUAGAAUGGGCAGAGUGUAAGUGGAGAGCAAAUGCCGUUUUUUUUCCUGAGAGUGACAACAAUACAUGCCUUUGGGUGGAGCGCUCGGCCUGUGGGUG